AGGCUUUUUGUUUUUGGCAUCCAUUAGCUCACAAUUAUCACUUUCUUCCUUGUUAUAUGAAUAUUUACUGAAGCCUAGCCAUAACUAAAAUUUACAAAUUUACCAUACAUAAAACUCAUAAGAAAGCCAUGAGAAAGUGAAAGAAAGAAAAAAUAAAGAUAACUGAUAACAUAAAACAAACCUUUCCAUCUUAGAAAUACAAAUAUAUUCUACAUCACUUGAAAAAUUCUUUGAGCCAACUUCUCACGCCAUAAACCUCUUCAACCUAACAGAAACCCCCAAAAGAAAAGAGGGGCAAUGGAGGGCAGCUCAAGCAUCAAUAAUGGAUGGAGAAUUUGCAUUUUGGCAAGCUUCAUAGGCGCCAUCAUCUUGGUUUUCCGUCUUAAACAUUCUAGCAACGACAUAAGCCUGUUAACUGUUCAAAGCUUAGCAGCAACUGCUGCACCAUCCAACAGUAGUGAGUUCAAUACUUCAGCUCAGUCACCUUCACCAGCAGCACCAGUAGCACCAUCCGAGAUUAAUGAGUCAAGUACUUCAACUCAUGAUGAAUAUUUGGAAAAGAAACCAGUGGAGGUCAACAAGGAGAAGUGUAAUAUUUUCUCCGGAGAAUGGGUUUACAAUCCCAAGGAAAGUCCUUUGUAUAAUGGAAAUGAGUGUCCUUUCCUUAGUGAUCAAGUCAGCUGCCGAAGAAAUGGAAGACUGGACAUUGAUUAUGAGAAGUGGAGUUGGGAAGGUAAAGGAUUAUGCCAGAUUCCUAGGUUUAACGCUACUGACAUGUUAAAGAGACUCAAGGGAAAGAGGGUGGUUAUAGUUGGAGACUCUCUCAACAGAAAUCAGUGGGAGUCUCUCGCUUGCCUUCUUUAUUCAGCCACAUCUCCCUCUCGAGCCCAUGUUGACGUUCGAAGUAGCACCUACAAGGUCUUUAAAGCACUGGACUAUCAUUGCUCUGUUGAGUUUUAUUGGAGUCCGUUUUUAGUGGAACUACAGACAAACCAAGAAAACGGUACAAGGAAUAAUAUUUUGAAGCUUGAUGAAGUUUCAGCCUCAGCCAAAAAGUGGAAAGGUGCCCACAUAAUGGUGUUCAACACGGGUCACUGGUGGGUGCACCGAGGAAAGAUCAAAGCGUGGGACUUGUUUCAACAUAAUGGAAAACAAGUGGAGAAGAUGAAAUUAGACUUGGCCUUCGGCAUAGCCAUGAAAACUUGGGCUCGUUGGAUCAACAAACAUGUGGACAAAACCAAAACAACAGUGGUUUUUCGAAACAUAUCCCCCGAACACAAAGACAAGCAAUGGUGCUACAACAGAACUCAACCCAUGAAGGAUGAGUCCUUCAUAGCAACAUUCCCUGAGUCAAUUGUACAGAUUGUUGAGAAAACAAUUGCAGGCAUGAGGACGCCGGUCAAGUAUUUAAAUAUCACAAAGCUAUCUCAAGAUCGGAUUGAUGCACAUCCAUCAGUUUAUGCAAGAAAACAGAAGCAAGCGUUAAUUGCAAAGCAACAACAGAGGCAGCCAGAGAUUUAUGCAGAUUGUAGCCACUGGUGUUUGCCUGGAGUGCCUGAUACGUGGAACAGACUACUCUAUGCAUCCAUGGUUGACAAUUCUUCUUCAAAUUGUAUUGACUAAAUGUAAAGAUUUUCUAUUUUCCCUUUUUACAUGGAAAACGGGAUUUUAUGAUCACACCAAAUAAACUAAUUUAGUUGAACUUCAAUCA